GCUAAGGGACUGUGUACCAAUCCGAUUCCUUCAUCUUUCGAUGUGCAGUAGUAAUAAUUUGAGACAUGCAAGAAGGCUCAUCCGCUGUCUACAUAACCCACAUUACUUGAUAUCAAUAAAGGGGGUUGUUUCGAUAUCCAAAAUGGGGGAGCCACAGCAGGUCAGUGCUCUUCCGCCACCACCUAUGCAGUACAUCAAGGAGUUCACGGAUGAGAAUGUGAGAAAGGGGUUGGUCCCCAAACCUCCACCCCCCAUUCGAGACAGUUACAUGAUGUUUGGCAAUCAUUUCCAGUGUGAUGACCUCAUCAUUCGACCCUUGGAGAGCCAGGGCAUUGAGCGCCUCCACCCUAUGCAGUUUGACCAUAAAAGAGAGCUGAAGAAACUAAAUAUGUCCAUUCUGGUGAACUUUCUUGACCUCCUGGACAUCCUCAUCAAAAGCCCAGGCAGCAUUAAACGAGAGGAAAAGCUUGAAGACCUGAAACUCCUUUUUGUCCACAUCCAUCACCUCAUCAAUGAGUACCGGCCCCACCAGGCCAGGGAGACACUUCGUGUGAUGAUGGAGGUUCAGAAGAGACAAAGGCUGGAGACAGCUGAGAGAUUCCAGAAGCACCUGGAGCGGGUUGUCGAGAUGAUUCAGGGAUGUCUUUCUUCACUGCCUGAUGAUUUGCCACAACCAAAUAGCAUGGGGGAGGCUGGUGGUGCCAGCAUAGCGGGAGCAUUUAGACUAAAAACAGACCCAAUGGAUAUAGCUGAGGCAGGAGAUAGCUGCAUGGUUGUGCAAACAGACAAAAACAUUUCGUCGGAGAGGGACAAAGUGUGGGAUAAGGAUUCUGCAAUGUGCAAAAUUAUUGAUGAAAUGACUUGAGCUGCCUAAACAUUUUUUUGUUUGUUUUGUUUUAUGGUUAUUCAGGAGAUGUCUGUUUUCUUUCUCUGUCAAAAGGCCUAGGCAGCCAACAAGCUGAACAAAUUAUUGACAUUUUUACUGUUUACACUAUGGUCAGCUUAUAAAGUAGAAUAAUAUGCUUAAAAUAAUAAAGAAAAAAGGUGAUCUAC